CUCUUUGGGUCUGGAUCCUCCGUUCCUCUUCCUGCUUCAGAGCCGGGCUGCUGUGAAAGCAGGAAGGGAGGGAGGGAAGAAAGGAGGGAGUGGAAACAGCACAGUCAGAGAACCUGGCUCUGUUUUUUUGUUUUGUUUGUUUUUUCUUCCUCGUUUAUUACCAGCAACUUUACAAUCAACGCUAUCAGUCUCAGGCCAGGCGUCUGAUUGAACUUUGACACUCUCUCUCUGACGGAGGAACAAUGUGAUCCUUCCCACGUUGGGUGGACUGAGAGCUGAAGCCUGCCCCACCUCCUCACCUCGGGGCUGACGCUUUACACUUGAAGCAGAAAGAGAAAGUCUUUCAAAGCGGAGCAGAGGGAACCGUAGACCCACUCCGUCGACCCGAACUACGGGCUUCAUGGAGGGAAGAUGAUACACCAGGUGAUUGACAGCUGUGUGUGUGAGAAUGAUUGCACCAAGAUGGAGGCCGUUUCCACCCAGAACCGUUGACUCCCAACACUACCCUUACCUUGGACUGAAUGAGCGAAGCUUAGGAUGGAAGACCCGUCAAAUGCUGCUCUAAGAAACUGUAGCAACACUCUCGGACUCCUUUACCUCGCCGCCUCCAAACACACCUCCUCUCCCACCAAACGGGGCCCACCGUCAACUGCUGGCCGACUUCCAGGAUGUUCAUGAACUUGAAGCGCAUUCGAAAAUGCCAGUUGGUGCAGCUGAUGACAAGCUGCCUGCUGCUGUCGGUGGUAAUGAUCUGCUGGGAGCAGCUGGACUCAGCCGUUGUCAGCCACGUCAGGUCCUACUCCUUCCGCUACCUCAUCAACAGCUUCUACUACGUUAAUAGGAGCCUCACCAUUCCUCGCGAGCAGGCCAGAAGCUUCAGUGACUUCCCCUACCUGUUGGACCAUCCCGACAAGUGCGCAGACGAGGACGUCCUCCUCCUUGUCUUCGUAAAAUCCUUCCCGGAGAAUUUUGAGCGUCGAAACGCCAUCAGAUCCACCUGGGGCAACGAGGGGUACAUCCAAAAUGCCCUGGACGUGACGGUCAAGGUUCUGUUCGCCUUGGGAACCGUUGAGAGGAAAAAUGCCGAGUCUUUGUUGAGCAAAAACGGCAAGAGCAGCUUCCAGAGGAAGCUUGCCCGCGAGGAUGCUGUCUAUGGCGACUUGAUCCAGAAGAACUUCAAGGACUCCUUCCACAACCUGACGCUCAAACUCAUCAUGCAGUACCACUGGAUGCACAGCCGCUGCGCCCACGCCCGCUUCUUCAUGACCACAGACGACGACGUCUUUGUCCACAUGCCCAACCUGGUGAGGUACCUGCAGGAGCUGAGCAGCCAGGGGGUCACCGACUUCUGGGCAGGGAGAGUGCACAUUGGAGCGCCGCCCAUCCGCAGAAAAGACAGCAAGUACUACGUUCCCUAUGAGAUGUACCAGUGGUCGGCUUACCCUGACUACACGGCCGGGGCCGGCUACGUCGUCUCUGGUGAUGUGGCCCAUAAAAUCUACCACGCCACGCUGACCCUGAACGCCUCCCUCUACAUAGACGACGUGUUCAUGGGCAUCUGCGCCAACGCGGUCAACGUGUCGCCACAGCGGCACGUUUAUUUCGCGGGAGAGGGCAAGACACCGUACCACCCGUGUAUCUACAGCCACAUGAUGACCUCUCACGGCCAUGUGAAGGACAUUUAUGAGCUAUGGCGGGAGGCGACGCACCCAAAGGUCCACCAGAGCAACUCAGGACUGUUCGGGAAGCUGUACUGUACCGUAAUGAGAAUGUAUCUCCUCUGUAAACCCCAGUUUGUUGACACUUAUCCUUGCAAAGCAGCAUUUUUAUAGUGCAAAGAGGAAGCAAGAGUCCACUAUAACACCGACAGUGAUGACAGAUGGGUUCAUUUCUAGAAGUAUUACCUCAGUCCUUUCCCUAGGACCUCUACACACACAGUGGUUUACUGCCGCAGAAGAAGCCAGAAGGAAACAGAUUGUGUUAUCACUGCUGGAGUGAGACUGCCAUCUUGUCUAUGAAUUUUUGUCGUGGUCAUUUUUAAAGUGCAGGCGUUGUGGGCCGACCACCGAAUGUGAAAUUAAAGUUCUGCAAAGAUG